CAGUCAUCAGAGGACUGUUAUAAAAAAAAUUUAUUUUUGUUGAGAAAAUAUAUGAAAAUGAUCAAUUAUAUAAUUAUUUUUAUGUUAGCGAUUACAUGUUCACAAACACAGAUAGUUACACGUGGAAAAUGUCCGAUGAAAAAAGUUAUGAAUAAUUUUAAUAUGACAACUUAUUUAGGUAAUUGGUAUGAAAUAUCAAAAUAUCCAAUGAUAAUGGAAAGUUAUGGCAGUUGUGUUAAAAUCAAUUAUGUUAAGAAUUCUGGUUCAAGAAUAGCGGACAUGACCAUACGAAUGGUUGAUCCAGUCUCAAAUAGUAUCAACACUGUAUCCAGAAAAGUUAAAACACAAAUUGAUAAUGGAGCAACGUUAAUUAUCUCAAAUAAAUAUGGUAAAAACCAGUUCAAUUAUAAAAUCCUGGCAACGGAUUAUAUAAAUUGGUCACUAGUCUGGUCAUGUGAAGAAGUAACCAGUUAUUCAAAUGAGAAUUUAAACGAAACAUUCACCUUUGAAUUUGCAUGGAUCUAUUCACGGCAGCCAACAUUAUCAAAACGUUUUUUAAAUAGAAUCCAAGAGAUUUUAAUAGAAAAUCAUUUAGAUCCAACGAAAUUAGUGCCAACGGAUCAAGGUAUGACUGAAUGUGAGAUACGUAGUAAUUAUUCCGGUAAUUCGUAUGUUAAUUUUUAUACAAUAUUUGUAUGUUCUGCGUUAUUAUUUUUUGUUAUUUACGAUGUUUAAAAGACUUUUUACGUAAUUUUUUGGUGAACUGUGUUAAUAAUUUAUUUAAAAAAAUAUGCGACAACAAUUGAUGUGGUACGCCACUAGUGGACAAAUAAUUGAACUAAUUUUUAUAGGUUAUUUAUUAACAGUUCAUAAUCACGUUAUCAAGGUUGCUGUUUGGGCUACAUUUUACUCCACAACACAAAAUGUAUUUUCUAUUUGAAUAUGACUUCAAAAUAUUUAUAAAAAAUCAACUGGAUAUGAAAUCCAAAUUUAAAAAUAACGUGUUUGAAUUAUAAACAACAAUUCUCAUCUUGGCGUGAAUCGACCACAUAAACUAAGCUAUUUGAGGGUAGUUCUCAAUAUUUAAGUUAGAAGAAUCAAAACUUUAGACUAAUAGAGACUUAUUGAACAUAACCUCACUAAUUACAAACUUUAAAUAAAGGAAGUAAAGAAAUUGUAGCUUCAAAAGUUUUCCAAAGUUUUAAUUAUUGUUUUCAUUGAAAUAUAGAACUAAUAGAGCUAACAAUAUAGAGAAAAACUAUAAGAAAAAGGGAUUAGACAAAAACGAUUCAAGAAAUUCAUGUUAUUUCGAAAAACGGGCGAAUAGUAUAAAGUAUGGAGGGUAGAGAUAAGGAGAAUCGUCUCUGUGUAUAAAAAGUGUUCACGAAAAGUGUUCAAUCUGAUCAAUUUUAGAACUAUUAUUUUAGACACUUCGACUUUUAGCUAAGAUUGUCCUCCUUACCUCUACCCACUAUAAUAUCUAGUAUAAACAUCCUAAUCUAUAAUAAAUAGUUCCAAUUUUUGUCACACUAGCGUAACGAUCGGAAAAUUUGACACCAUCAUAUUAAAAAUGACACCAAAAAAAUUUAGAUAUAUUUAUGACGCUUAA